AUGGCGCCUUAUCUUCAGGACUCCGAAUCCUCCCCGGCUCGCAGCGAGCAGUCCCUUCCCACAAGGACUCCUUCCUACCCUACCGUCAUCGACGAUGCCGAGUACCCUGCUCUGUCAUUCCCUGGCUAUGCCGAGAAGCCUCUCUCUGAGCAAUUGGAGCCCAUUGCAGUGGUAGGAAUGGGUUGCCGCUUGCCCGGCGAAGUCCACUCCCCUUCAGAGUUCUGGAACUUGAUGAUCAACAAAGGAACCGGCCGUACACCCAAAGUUCCCUCUGACCGUUUCAACAUCGAUGGCCACUUCCACCCUAAUAAUGAGCGCCCCGGUAGCUUCAACGUCCUUGGUGGAUACUUCUUGAAGGGCGAUCUCCAGGAUUUCGACCCUUCCAUGUUCGGUAUCUCCCCCAUUGAGGCCAUGUGGAUGGACCCCCAACAGCGAAAGCUGCUUGAAGUCGUCUACGAGGCUUUUGAGUCUGCUGGUGUCUCUCUCGAGGCCAUCUCCGGCUCUACCACUGCCGUCUUCGCGGGUAGUUUCACCUCUGACUACCAGCAAAUGUCAUUCAAGGAACCCGAUUUCCGUCACAGCUACGCCGCCACCGGUGUCGACCCUGGUAUUAUUAGUAAUCGUAUCAGUCACGUCUUCAACCUUCACGGACCCAGUAUUGUGGUCAACACUGCUUGCUCUUCGUCCGUUUAUGCCAUGCACAAUGCUUGCAAUGCUCUUCGCAACGGAGAGUGCUCCGGUGCCAUUGUCGGAGGUGUCAACCUUAUCAUCACUGUUGACCAGCACAUGAACACUGCCAAGCUUGGUGUCUUGUCUCCUACUUCCACUUGCCGCACUUUCGAUGAGUCGGCUGAUGGUUACGGUCGUGCUGACGGUGUUGGUGCUGUCUAUUUGAAGAGACUGAGCGACGCUGUCCGCGACGGCGACCCAAUCCGUGGUGUCCUCCGUACUAGUGCGGUCAAUUCCAACGGUAAAGCACCUGCUGUCGGUAUCACCCACCCCAACUUGUUGGGACAAAAGGAUGUUAUCCAACACGCCUACCGUCGUGGUGGAGAUCUCGACCCUCGUCUGACUGGCUACUUCGAGAUUCACGGCACGGGAACCCCUAUUGGUGACCCUCUCGAGGUCAACGCCGUCGCUCUCGCCAUGAACGACAAGAGAMCCGACUCUGACGAGCCUCUUCUCAUCGGUGCCGUCAAGACCAACAUCGGUCACUCUGAGGCUGCUUCCGGUCUUUCUGCUGUCAUCAAGGCUUGCUUGACCGUUGAGAAUGGCAUCAUUCCUCCUACCCGCGGAUUGGUCAAGCCUAACCCUAAGAUCAACUGGAAAGACUGGAAAGUCCAGGUUGUGACUGAACCCCGUCCCUUCCCUGCCCACUUGCCUGUCAAGCGUGUUAGUGUCAACUCCUUCGGUUACGGUGGUACCAACGGUCACAUCAUUGUCGAAGGUGUCGACUCCUUCUUGCCUGACUACAAGCAUGGAAAGAAGACCGACGUCAAGCCCGAGGGUGAUGAGUUGAACCGUCCGUACCUGUUCCCCUUGUCUGCCCACAACAAGCCCACUCUCAAGCAAAACAUUGCCGCUUACGAGAAGAUCGUGGACCAAUACGACCCAUUGGACCUCACCUACMCCCUCGCUAACCGCCGAUCCCGAUUCUCGACCAAGGGUUACGUUGUGGCUACUCCUGCCACCAUCACCUCUGCUUUCGGAAACGAUGCUGCUGCUUUCGCUAUUGCCGAGAAGAAGAAGAUCAACGAGGUCGGUUUCGCCUUCACCGGUCAGGGUGCUCAGUGGGCUACCAUGGGUUCUCAGCUCAUGAAGUACUACCCCAGCUUCUUGGGUACUAUUCGCAAGCUUGACCAGGCUCUCCGCUCCCUUCCUGAUGCCCCUGAGUGGACUCUUGAAGCCACUUUGCUCGAGCCCGCUGCUACCUCUCGUGUCAACGAGGCCGAGUUCUCUCAGCCUCUUUGCACUGCUAUCCAGGUUGCCGUUGUUGAGCAGCUUCUCUCCUGGGGUGUUCGCCCCAAGGUGACUGUCGGUCACUCCUCUGGUGAAAUUGCUGCCUCUUUCGCUGCUGGUUUGAUCUCUGCCACCGAGGCCAUUAUCGUUGCCUACUACCGUGGUCAGGCUGUCAAGACUGUCAACACCAACGGUGCCAUGAUGGCUGUUGGUCUUGGCGCCGAAGCUGCUGAGCCUUACCUUGCCAAAUACGAAGGAAAGGUUGUCAUUGCUUGCCACAACUCUCCUUCCAGCGUUACCCUCUCUGGUGACGCUCCUGCCCUUGAGGAAAUCAAGGCUGCUAUGGAUGCCGAGAGCAUCUUCGCUCGUCUCGUCAAGACUAGUGGAAAGGCAUACCACUCUCACCACAUGAAGCCCUCUGCCGACACCUACAAGAACUUCAUUCAGAAGGCCAAGUCUGUUGUCUCAUUCGGCUCCCCCUUGUCCACCGGUGCUGUCAUGGUUUCCAGUGUCACAAACUCCAGACUCUCUGAAGGUUCCGUUGUCGACGAGAACUACUGGUGCCAGAACUUGAUCAGCCCUGUGUUGUUCAACCAGGCUGUCCAGACUCUUGCUUCCUCUGACGACCUCUCCGUUGAUGCCUUGAUCGAAAUCGGACCCCACACUGCUCUUUCUGGCCCUAUAAAGCAGAUCUGCAAAGAAUUUGGCUACAACAACCUCGGAUACAUCCCCACCCUGGUCCGUAACGAGGACUCUGCUGCUCAGCUCCUCAAGGUUGCUGGUGAGCUCUACUUGGGAGACUACCCCAUCGACCUCGAGACUGCCACUGCCAUCGAGCAGCAAGCCACCCCUGAGAAGAUCAAGCUCCUCAAGGGUAAGGUUCUUGUUGACUUGCCUACCUACAAGUGGCACUAUCCCAGAAAGCUCUGGGCCGAGCCUCGUCAGUCCCUCGAGCACCGUUCCAUCAAGCACCCUCGCCACGAUGUCUUGGGUAUCCGCAUGCCUGGUUGCUCUGCUGUUGAGCCUGUAUGGCGUAACGUCCUCCGUAUCAGAGAUGUUCCUUGGCUCCGCGACCACUCCCUCGGUGGCGAAGCUGUGUUCCCUGCCGCUGGUUACUUCUCCAUGGCCAUUGAAGCUGUGACCCAGGUCAAUGAACUAAGCAGCAAACCUGUCAAGAUCGAUGGAUUCGUCCUCCGUGAUGUUUCCAUCAAGGCUGCUUUGGUCACUCCCGACGAUGACGAUGGUAUUGAGGUCAUGUUCAGCUUGCGUCCAUCCAUCUUCACUGAAGCCGAGCAAGGUCAAUGGUGGGAUUUCAACGUUUCCUCUGUCUCUGCUGCUGGUCACUGGAACGACCAUGUGACUGGUACCAUCGGUAUCAACGCCCGCCAGCGUGGACAGACUCCUCGCAAGAUUCCUAACCUUCCUCAGCGUGCCACUGGCAAGGCCUGGAACGACGGCCUCAAGGAGGUUGGUUUCGACUACGGCCCAUCCUUCCAGGGUAUGGUUGACGUUCAGUCCGACGGCAAGAACUACAUUGCCGCUACUCAUUUCGACAUUAAGCAGGAGUCUGGUGUCUUGGAAGCUGAAUCUCGCUACGUAUUGCACCCCGGUACUGUCGAUCUUUGCUUGCAGCUCAUUAUCGUCUCUAUCUACGCUGGUAAGCUCAAUGACAUGACCUGCGGUGCCGUGCCCAUUCAAGUCGACGAGGUUGCCAUCUGGCCUCCUAGCGAGGAGCAGCUAAAGAACCCUGCUGCCACUGCCUUCUCUUUCACUGACCAGCGUGGUAUCCGUUCCUUCGUCAGCGGUUCCCAGCUCGUUAGUAACGACGGUGAGCUCCUCAUGGACAUUACUGACAUGCGUUGUGUUGCCUACGAGGCCGCUGUACCCCAGCGCGCUGAAGAAGCCACUGAGCCCCAGCCAUACCAGGAGACUGUCUGGAAGACCGACAUUGACAGCUUUGCCUGGGCUGAUAAGGUUGACGACCUCACCAUCGCCAAGUUGGUUGAGUCUCUUGCCCACAAGGCUCCUGGAUCCAAGGUCCUCGAAAUUGGAUCCGAGAACACUGCCAGCAUCUUAGAAGAGCCCUUCCAAAUCAACUACACAGUUGUUGAGGCUUCUGAUGAGGCUGUUGAGGCUACCAAGGCCAAAUUCACUGAUACUAAGGGCUUCAAGGUUGAGAAGCUUGACGUUUCCGCUCCUCUUGCCGAUGAGGAUGUUAGCGGUACUUACGAUCUAGUUAUUGCUACUGGCAAGGUUGGUGCUACUGAGCUUGAGAAUAUCCGCAAGUUGGUCAGUGCUGGUGGACGUCUUGUCGUCAAGGAGGUUCCUGCUGGCUUUGACGAUGUUGAGACCUACAUUGAGAAGGAUGGCAAGGUUGCUUUCGCCAAGGCUGCCGCUGCCGAUGAGGCUCUUGCUUCCAAGGAGGUCACCUUGGUCUACCGCAACGAGCCUGCCUCUAUUGUCAGCAGCAUUGAGGAGGAGUUGACCAAGGCCGGUUUCGUUACCAAGAGAAGCCGCCUCGACUCUCUUGAAGCCAAGGAUGGCGAGUCUGUUAUCAUCGUCGGCGAUCUCGAAGGCUCUCCUCUUCUUGCUACAAUCAAUGAGAAAGAGUUCGAAGGUGUGAAGCACCUUACCAGCAAGGCAUCUUCUAUCCUCUGGGUUACCGCUGGUGGCAUCUUGACCGGAAAGAAGCCCGAGUACGCCAUGACCAACGGUCUUGCUCGCUCAGUCACCUCCGAGCAGGCUUCAUUGGCUCUUACCACCUUGGACUUUGACCUCGAGACUACUUCCGUGUCUCAACUCGCUUCCAUCGUUGCUAAGACUGCCAAGCGUCAGACUAAGAAGAAUGAUAUCCAUGAGACCGAGUACGUUGUUUCCAACGGCCUUGUCUACGUCAGCCGUCUCGUUGCCAACCGUGGUGCUUCCAUCACCACGGUCAAGAGCACUCCUGUUCCUACUCCCUUCACUGAGGGCCAGUACUUGGUUGCCGCCGCUCAACAGGGUAAGAUUACCUGGACUGCUGACAAGCGCGAGCACGAACCAUUGAGCGCCGGUGAGGUUGAGGUUAAACUCUCCUACGGGGGUCUCAACAAGGAGGACACCGUUGUUAUCAACGGUAACGAUUACCCUACCACCUUCAGCCACGAAAUUUCAGGUACUAUCACCAAGGUGGGUUCUGGCGUUACUGACCUCAAGGUUGGAGAUGUCGUUGUCGGUUUUGCUUUCGAUAAGUUUGCCACCUUCCAGCGCACUUCCGCCGACCUUGUCCAGAAGGUCGAGAAGGAUGAGGAUAUCACCAAGUUGGCCUCCGUUCCUUGGAGCUUUGCUCAAGCCAUCUACGGAUUGGAGACCCUUGCUCGUGUUGAGCCUGGCGAGACUGUUCUCAUCUUGAGCAACACUGGUGCCGUUGGUGCUGCUGCCCUCAAGGUCGCUCAGGCUCUCAGUGCUAAGCCCUUCAUUGUUGCCGACUCUGAAGCCGAUGCUUCAGCGCUUGUUGGCAAGUUUGGUAUCGCUCGCGAGCAGGUCGUCAUUCCUACUAUCAGCUCCUUGGCUCGUGACUUCAAGGCUUUGACUAACGGCCGAGGAUUUGAUGUCAUCCUCAGCGGAGGUUACACUGACCCCGUCCUCGCUCGUGAGUCCUGGCGUUACACUGCUCCUCUUGGUCGAUUCGUCGAUUUUGGUCGCAAGAACGUCCUCAAGCGUGCUCUCCUCGACACUAUCCCUCUUCACCAAAGUGCUAGCUACCUUUCCUACGAUAUCUUGGACUUGUAUGCCCACAAGCCUCAAGUCUUGGCCUACUUGCUCAAGUCUGCUGUCACCUUGUUCCGCAAGGAUCCUAGCGUGCUCGUCGAGAACGCAGAGAUCUACAACAUUGCCGACCUUGAGUCUGCUGUCUCUUCUUUCUCCGAUAGCGUUCUCUCUUCUAAGAAGCUGAUUGCUUACACUGCUUCCGAGAAGACUUUGGAGGUUGUCCCCACUGCUCCUACUCUACGCUUCUCUCCUGACGCAACUUACUUCUUGGUUGGUUGCUUGGGUGGUUUGGGACGUAGUCUCACUUCCUGGAUGACUGAAAACGGAGCCCGCCGCUUCGCUUUCCUCGGUCGUUCCGGUACCGACCAGGAGCAGGCCCGUAUCCUUGUUGAGGACUUGCAAAACGCUGGUAUUCACUGCCAGGUUAUUCGUGGUGAUGUUGCCAGCAAGGAGGAUGUUGAGCGCGCUGUUGCCAGCAUUCCUAAGGAGCACCCCAUCCGUGGCGUUGUUCAAGCUGCCAUGGUCUUGAGAGACGGUUUGUUCCACUCUAUGACCUACAACAACUGGACCACUUGUACCCGCCCCAAGGUCAACGGUACCUUGAACCUCCACGAAGUCCUCGCCGACACUCCUUUAGACUUCUUCGUCACCACCAGUUCCACCUCCGGUACCCUCGGUACCCCUGGUCAGGGCAACUACUCUGCCGCAAACAGCUUCCUGGACUCCAUGGCCCGCUUCCGUGUUAACCAUGGCAAGAAGGCUUGCUCUAUUGUCUUGCCUAUGGUUCUCGGUGUUGGUUACGUCGCCGAGCAUCCUGAGGUUGAAGAAGCUCUUCGCCGCAAGGGUAUCUACGGUAUUGACGAGACUCACCUCCUGGAAUCUUUCGCUACCUCCAUGCUUGUCCAAUCCAGCGAGAAUCCCGUCGACCACGUUGUUGUAGGAUUGGACCCCGUCAAGCUCCAGAAGUCGAUCAACAGCGCCGAUACCACCGACGGUUUCUGGCUCGAGGACACUCGCUUCAAGACCCUCUUGGAAUCCAUGAAGUCUGCCGACGCCGCUGGUAGCCCUGAGGCCUCCCGUACCAUUUUGACCACCAUCCGCACUUCUGCCUCUGCCGCUGAAGCUGUCCAAAUCACCAGCGACUACUUCACUCAAAAACUCUCCCGUCUCCUGGUUCUCGAUCUUGACAUCUUUGAGCCUCACACUAAGGCCAUUGCUGACUACGGUCUUGACAGUAUGAUUGGUGCCGAAUUGCGUAACUGGAUCUUCAAGGAACUUGGUCUUGAUAUCCCUUUCCAGAGGCUGCUUGGUCCUGAGCUUACUAUCUGGAAGUUCGCUAUUGAAGUUUGCGCUAACCAGGGCCAAGUAUUGGAGGGAUCUGCUUAG